CUUUAAGAAGAGGAGAACUGCGGCCUGCCAGCGGGGCUGGGGUUGCAGAUUCAGAGCAAUGGUGCGCACUCUUGUUUCUCCGGCAGUCAGUGCAUUUCUGCUGGACAUCGAGGGGACCACGACUCCCAUCUCCUUUGUAAAGGAUGUUUUGUUUCCUUACAUCAAAGAAAAUGUGAAGAGCUACCUCUGUACACACUGGAAUGAGAAGGAAUGUCAGGAAGACGUUCACCUUUUGAGAAAACAGGCUAAAGAUGACAAGGAAUUAGAAGGAGCAGUGCUAAUUCCAGAAUGGUGUUCAGGUGAAAAUGCUGACAAGGAACAAGCUCUUGAAAUAGUGACAAAUAACAUCUUGUGGCAGAUGUCCCAGGACAGGAAGACAACAGCUCUGAAACAGCUGCAGGGUCAUAUGUGGAGGGAAGCCUUUCUACAUGGAGAAUUGAAGGGAGAAGUCUAUAAAGAUGUUGCUCCAGCAAUUAAAGAGUGGAGGAAGGAAGGCAAGAAGGUGUACAUCUACUCUUCAGGCAGUGUGGAAGCUCAGAAGCUUCUGUUUGGAUACUCUGUCGAGGGAGACCUGUUGGAGCUUUUUGAUGGCCAUUUUGACACAAAGAUUGGUUCCAAAGUAAAAGCUGAAAGCUACAGAGAAAUUGCCAGAAAUAUUGGUUGUUCCACGGACAACAUACUUUUCCUAACAGAUGUGACAAAAGAGGCAAGGGCUGCGGAAGAAGCAGGAGUUCAAGUGAUUCUUGUGGUGAGGCCUGGAAAUGCAGAGUUGACAGAAGAAGAAAUGUCUUGUUCUAUUAUCACCUCUUUUGGUGAACUCUUAUUCUCCGAUCCCAAAGCAAACUGAGCAGCUUCAAAGUACAAUCAAAGGACUUACUAAAACCUUUUCUCAGCAAGGAUUUUCAUAAAUUUGUUCUAAUCACAAGAAAAGCAUUUACGAUAAUCUUUUUGGAGAAAACAAACUUACAAGAAAGAUUGGGACAGUGGCUUGUGGUUACUUUCCCUUGUAUGUUAAGCUUAUGAUUUCGGUCUUGCUGCUAUGGAAAGGUAUUGAUCUCGCAAGAUGAACAGGAAAAUUCAGAUGAGAAGUUGGUCCAGGCUACUAUCCACAUGAGGAGGAACUAGAUAAUCUACCUUUUCAUCAAACGUGCAAUUAUGGGGAUAUGCUCUUUUAUGGAAACGUGAAAUUUGUGUAUCUACUUGAAAUGUGAAAAAUCCCUAAUUGUACAGCUUGAUUUUGUACUUUUACACAUUGCUCUGACUGGAAAAACCGUUUAGGACUGUAAAGAGGUGAAGCUGAAAUAUGUGAUUUUAAUGGGAUCAAUUUAAGAUAUUUAACUGAGGAUAUAACACAUCUGGUAAAAAUACAUUAAGCAAUGCAAACAAUAUCAGAAAGAGAAAUAAAGACAUUUGUUUAAACUA